AUGGCAGGAGGCGGCAAGGCUGGUUCGGCUGAUUUGCGUCGAUUCAUGGAAAAGAGGCUAGAUGUUCACUUGAAUGGUUCUCGCCAUGUCGUCGGAGUUUUGCGUGGUUACGACACUUUUAUGAACAUUGUUCUUGACAACGCCUUGGAGGUUGUUGGCGACGACCAGAUCGACUUGGGCAUUGUUGUUCUUCGUGGAAAUUCCAUUAUAUACUGGGAAUGUUUGGAUAAGGUUCAUACUAGAUAA